AUGGUUCAUGAGUUCAAGAAUUAUACGGCUGGACUUGGAUGGGACGCGAUGGAUGACAACUUGGAAGGUGUAGCUAAAGAAGGACAAAAGGGACUAGUACUCCUAGCUGAGCUUUCCCAGCAUGCUACUGUUAUUGGUCAAAUGGGUGCACAAUACACUGAGCGUUAUUUUGACAAAGGUGAGUAUAGGAAAACACCAGAAACUGGAAUUCAAUGGGUGAUGAGGUACUUUGCUCGUCCAAGGUACUUCUAUAAGAUGUUUCGAAUGAGCACCGAGGUCUUCACAGCACUACAUGAGUUGCUAGUAUCUACCUACGGUUUGACAUCCACUAACAAUGUUUCAUCCAUUGAGUCAUUGGCAAUGUUCUUGUGGAUUGUUGGAGGCCCACAAUCAUUUUCACAAAGCUGA